AUGAACUCUGAAAUCAUCGAACCUCAGCAGCAUGAACCAGCAGCGAAAAGGCGCAAACUGCCUAAUCAGCGAAAGCAACCCCAAAAGCAGCAGCCAUCGUCAUCAUCAUCCAAGCAACUUGUAUCACCAAAGUCUCUUGCCAAAUCAUCCAAUGGACGUAAACGCGCCUUUAGUAACAUGACCGAGACGGAUCUGGUGCAAGAUGUGCUGGCAAUAUUAGGAGACGUGCUUGCGAAAGUCAAUGCAGCAUUUCCCCAUGAUGAUGACGAAGCAAACCGUCAUUCUCGUGCAUUGAUGACAGCCUUUGUUGCCUUUACGGAAGCGGUUACCGGUUAUUUCCUGCAUGAUGUCAGCAAGAUGGAUGAACGACCCUUUGCAACCUACAUGGCAGCAUUCAGUCCUCAAGACCAGAUGGCCGAUAAUGACCCUUGUUUGUACCCUGAUGUUGCUUUUCGACAAUCGCUUGCCAAGGACAUCCAGCGCCAAUUGGAAGCCCAUGGUGUGCCACGUGAGAAAUUAUACGACUGCUUGGAUACCUUGUUUUCACUUUUCUAUGCCAAAAAGACCACUCAUGAGCACCAAAAAGGCAACGGACAGUUUUUCACCCCGCAAAAGGUGGUGCACUUUAUGUGGGGACGUUGCCUUGACCACAAGAGCAAGAACAAGAUACCUCGUGUGCUUGAUCCAUGCAUGGGACUUGGUGCCUUCCUAUGCGACUUUUUGAAACGAAUGGUGACGCAGCUGCAAAUGGAUGGUGCCACGUGGGACAACCCUGUAGCACUGCAACAAGCCUUGUGCACGGACAUUCCUGCUAAUGUUUGGGGCGUCGAAUUGGAUCCUGUGGCGCUGAAAUUAGGCAAGCUCAAUGCCAUGCUGCAUCUUUUACCACUUUAUCGCCGUCUACGCCAAUUGGUUGGUAGUAACAACAUUGAUGGGUUACGCAUCGAUCGCCUCCACCUGUUUUGCAACAACACCAUGCUGCUGACACCUUCCACUGGCAUUGAUCCUUGGGAACAACACGAGCUGCAAGUGUUACGUACAAGCUACUUUGACUAUGUUAUCACCAAUCCUCCUUAUAUGGUGCAAAAGGACAAUCGUAUUCCGGUCCCUGAUCCAGAGUUAUACGAUAAUGGAAUCCUUGGUCGCUGUGUCAAGCAAGCUUACGCCUUCUUCAUCUGGUUUUGUCUACAACGGUGUGAUCCACAAGAUGGUGAAGUGUGCUUCAUUACCCCAAGCCAUUGGAUGACGUCUGAACAAGAUAAAAGAUUACGUAUUUGGAUGUGGGAAAAUUGUGAAUUCCUGCAGCUUUAUUAUUUCAAAGCUUCAAAGGUGUGGCCUCAUCUGAAUACGGAUUCUAUGAUCUUUCGCCUUCGUAUGCGUGGCACUCGACCUCCCAAUUUGGAUGCACAAGCACUGUUUGUUCGCAACACGGAAGUUGCGGUUUCUCUUCAAGACAUCCUUGAUUGCUAUGUCGCAUUCGAUCCACAACAGCCACAGCCCAAGCAUAUGAAGUUCAAGCUCACGCCAACGCAUGAUACACAACGUAUUCACCAGGCCAAGGGGGCGAUAUUGUCGUUUAUGUGCUUGUCACCGCUGACCGAUGAGGUGGAGGAGUUUACCCAAUCAAUGAUUCGGCUUUGUAAUUCACCUGGUGCCCCACUCAACUAUGCCACUGGAUGCAGCCCAUGGCCUCGUUAUGGUCUUGUUGUUCGUACGAAAUGGGCUCUUGAGACGUUUGGUGCUCGUUGCUAUGCACGUUGGUUGCGUCCCACUUUUUACUGGUCCAGUAAGGGUGCAAGUUCCAAAGGACGCGAAGUUGACUUUUGGCGUGAACGUGAUCCUGAACGUAUUGUGAAGAGAGAGCUGCCACUUUCUGAAGCCUAUGUCCCAUUUUGUUCAGCCGAAGAUGCCAAAAAGUACUCGUUGAUCAUUGUGGACAAGGAAGGCAUCAAGAAACUUGAAGCCUCAAGGGAUCCUGGUGAAGAACGGUUGUAUGAGUAUUUACAAGAAGCUAAGCACGAAUUGCAACCAACCGUCAAGCGCGAAGCAGCCUAUAGUCCUUAUGCCCGGGCCGGUAUGGAUCUCCCUGUCAAGAUUAUCCAUCCAACCUUGAACGGCUAUCAAUCAAAGUAUACACCUCGCCAGCGUUUCUUUGUGGAUCGAGAACAGCUUUGUGUCACGGAUCAAUGCGGCUUUUUUACACUUGCUCCUGGGAUCGACUUGUCACCUGAAUUCUUUUGUGGUCUACUCAAUUCAAGCACGCUACUCUAUCUCCUUCGUCACCACUGUACCUAUGACCAGGAGCAGCGCAUGUACUUUUUUGAGCGGCAUUUGAAGAACGUUCCAUGCUGCAAUCUCCCAUCAGCAUCCUCGCAAGAAGCAGCAUUGAUGAACGACCUUGUUAAUGGGGUGACAACUGCACGUGUUUGGAUUAAUGCCAUUAUCCAGGCUAGCGACAUCUCGUGCGUGAUUACAAGCUUGCGCAGUUGUACAUGGGAUAUCCAUCCUCAAGACUUUUCAGCCAUCGAUGGUUUCUUGAUCCAAGAUUUCCUUUCAAGUGCAAAGCAUACGGCAGAGUGGUCAGAUGAUGUCAAGACCCAUUGGAUCUCUCAAACUCUCUUUGAACGACCACACGCAAGAUUGGCUGUUGUACUUGUACAGCUGCUCAUGCUAUCAUCACUUUUUCAAUACGGCAUUGAUCAACUUGUCUUCGUGCUUUAUCGUAUCCCUGGUACCAUGCAACAUGCAAUGGAAGAUGAAUUGGAGCUUAUCGAGUAUAGAGAGCAAUGGUCCCAUGUUACCUUGGAUGAUAUUUUCGAUACUGCCCAUUCGAUCCUUCAAUAG